ACCCUGGAAUUUAGCAAGAAUAUCUUUUUUCAUAAUCGCAAAACUUCGGGAAAGUCUGUCCAAAAUAUCUGUUGUAGUCCAGACUACUCUGAAUUAAAACUGUGUUCGCUUUCCCCCCCAGAACACCUAAGGACGCAACUCAAUUACUUGACAAGGAGAAUCAGACUACGUUUCCCAUGAGUCCAAGCCCUUCUGUGCCCACAUAGCUUUUGAUCUCAGAGGACGGUGGCUGGAAAAGGACAAUGGUUUCCAUGUCAGCGGAUAAACGCGCUCGCCUUAGCUCCUGGACAAGAGGGAGGAAGGAAGCUGUAGUGAAUACGUGCUGAGCAGCGAAGAAGCCACUUAAAGGAGCCGGUGACUGACAGAGCACGAACCAUGCGGCGCCGGGGCCUAGUGGCCGGGCCAGACUUUGAGUAUUUUCAGCGUCGGUAUUUCACGCCGGCUGAGGUGGCCCAACACAACCAGCCGGAAGAUCUCUGGGUGUCUUAUCUGGGAUACGUGUACGACCUAACGCCGUUGGUACAGGAGUACAAGGGAGACCUGCUGCUGAAACCCAUCGUGGAAGUUGCGGGCCAGGACAUCAGCCACUGGUUUGAUCCAAAGACCAGAGACAUCCGCAAGCACAUAGAUCCGCUGACCGGUUGCCUGAGAUACCGCACCCCCCGGGGCCGCUUUCUGCACAUUCCGCCUCAGCUGCCUCGUUCCGACUGGGCCAAUGAUUUCGGGAGACCCUGGUGGCAGGGGUCGCAUUACGAGGUGGGGCGGCUGUCCGCCAAGACCCGGAACAUCCGUAUCAUUAACACGCUCACAUCGCAGGAGCACACAUUGGAGGUGGGGGCUCUGGAAUCAAUGUGGGAAAUCCUACACCGCUAUCUCCCCUAUAAUGCACAUGCUGCCAGCUACACAUGGAAAUAUGAAGGGAAGAACCUGAACAUGGACUAUACCCUGGAAGAGAAUGGGAUCCGGUAUGAGGAGGAAGAAUUUGACUAUCUCAAUAUGGAUGGCACACUCCACAUACCUGCAAUAUUGCUAUACUUCAAUGAUGACCUCACAGAGUUAUAGGAAAGAAGAUAUAUGCUCAUGUAGACCAAGACUUAUUUUGAGUUUGGCUGUUUCUGUGCCCUGUAGGAAAAAAGGUAGGGAAGAGGAUGGAGAGGCUGUCUGGACCUACCAUCUCCAUUCCACUUUGGGGACUGGUGUGUGCUUACCAUGCCCUUCUGAAGUGUAAAGGUCUUAUUCCCCAGGUCCGUUAUAAUUUACUCUAAGAAAGUUAGGGAGAAUGCUAGAAGUUAAUCAAAUUUUUAAAAUGAUACAAGAAGACGAAGUAUCUUGGAUUAGGGAGAUAUAGAAGAGGAUAAAUAGAGCUCAGGCAGAACUUUUUGAUAA